GGGGCUCCAUGCCAUUAGUGACGUCUUCCCAGUCGCUGUGAGACAGAUUGGGGAGAAUGGCUGCCAGUGGAGACAUAGGAAAGCUGUUACAAGUACAGAAUGGGACUCCAGCAAGCACAAGUUACAACGGGGUAGAUGCCCUACAUGCCUGUAACAUCCUCCAGCAGCUUAAAGCCUUGUACGACGAAGCUCAGUUGACUGACAUUGUCGUAGAAGUGGACCAUGGGAAGACAUUUUCUUGUCACAGAAAUGUCCUCGCUGCCAUCAGCCCUUACUUCAGAUCCAUGUUCACAAGUGGCCUUACAGAGAGCAGUCAGAGGGAGGUGCGGAUUGUUGGCGUGGAGUCAGAGUCCAUGCAUUUGGUUCUGGACUAUGCUUACACCUCACGGGUCACUCUCAGCGAGUCUAACGUGCAGGCCCUGUUUACCGCCGCCAGCAUCUUCCAGAUCCCAGCCCUCCAAGACCAAUGUGCCCAGUUCAUGAUCAGCCGUUUAGACCCUCAGAACUGCAUUGGGGUCUUCAUGUUCGCAGAUGCAUAUGGCCACCAAGAGUUGCGUGAGCGUUCACAGGAUUACAUCCGCAAGAAAUUCCUGUGUGUGAUGGGAGAGCAGGAGUUCCUUCAUCUGACCAAAGAACAGCUGGUCAGCAUUCUCAACAGUGACGAUUUGAACGUGGAAAAAGAGGAGCAUGUGUACGAAAGCAUUGUGCACUGGCUGGAGUACGAUGGUCCAGGUCGGGAGGUAGAUUUACCCGAGGUUUUUGCCAAAUGCAUCCGCUUGCCCCUGCUGGACGAGGCCUUUCUGAGCCGUAUACCCCCAGCCUUCGCCCUGGCCUUGUCCAGGGAUUCCUCGGAUAAGGGUUGGCUCAACGGCACCAACGGCUGCCCGCAGCGGCUGGGUAUGACUGCAUCCGAGAUGGUCAUCUGCUUUGAUGCAGCUCACAAGCACUCAGGGAAGAAGCAGACCGUGCCUUGCCUGGACAUUGCUGCCGGGAAGGUGUACAAGCUGUGCAAGCCGCCCAAUGACCUCAGAGAGGUCGGCAUUUUGGUCUCGUCAGAGAACGACAUCUUCAUCGCUGGAGGCUAUCGGCCGAGCAACAGCGAGGUGUGCAUCGACCACCGCGCGGAGAGCGACUUCUGGCAGUACGAACAUGCUGGCAAUAGGUGGCUCCCACGGUCGCCCAUGCUCCGGGCGCGCAUCGGCUGCAGGCUGGUGCACUGUUGCGGGAAACUCUACGCUCUGGGUGGUCGAGUGUACGAAGGGGACGGGCGAAAUGCUUUAAAAUCCGUGGAGUGCUAUGAUGCCAGAGACAACUGCUGGACGGCGGUCAGUCCCAUGCCGGUGGCCAUGGAGUUCCACAGCACAGUGGAGUAUAAGGACCGCAUCUAUGUGCUGCAAGGAGAGUACUUCUUCUGUUUUGACCCUCGCAAAGACUACUGGGGGCAUUUGCCGUCCAUGAACGUUCCCCGUACUCAAGGCUUGGCCGCCCUGCAUAAAAACUGCAUCUACUACAUAGCAGGCAUCUGCAGGAACCACCAGCGCACAUUCACCGUUGAGGUGUACGAUAUCGAGCAGAACACCUGGUGCCGAAAAAGAGACCUCCCCUUCGACCAGGCGACCAGCCCCUACAUCAAAGUGCUUCUGCUUCAGGGCCGAUUGAAUCUGUUUGUCCGAGCUACGCAAGUCAUGGUAGAAGAACACGUGUUCCGUACCAGCCGCAAGAACUCUCUCUACCAGUACGAUGAUGAAGUCGACCAUUGGACAAAGGUUUACGAGACGCCGGACCGCCUCUGGGACCUCGGCCGACAUUUUGAGUGUGUGGUAGCCAAACUAUACCCUCAGUGUCUUCAAAAAGUGCUGUGAGUGGCGAGAAGGGGGAGAUCACGAUACAACGGGCUGUUUGAGACAGCUGAUCAAUGUUGUUGGAGGAGGGGGAUGGUCAAUACAUGGUGCUGUCUGUGUCCCCAACAUCAGAACUGCAGGGGAAGUCUUAAAGCGUUAAAGGUUUCAAUCAAUAAACUUGAGGGUGCUUUUCGAAACAGUUAAAAAAAACAACAACAACUACAGUGUUUUACGUUUGACUAUUGUGCACAAAGCACCCUCACAACUGCUUGUUUUACAGUUAGAAAAGUGAAUCAUAAGUGCAAUUAUCAGUUUCUUUUUUGUUUUCACAGAUGUUGAGUCAUUUCUCAAGUUUUUCGCUACCGUUUGGCUUGGGUUGUUGGCAUGCAUUGUUGGCGAACAUGAGUAGUUGAUGUCCUUAAGAACAAGCAGUAUGUUAACAGCUGAGUAAAAAAAACAACAACAGAAUAAUAGGUGAAAAAAUAAAUAUUUAUAGCUAUAAAUAUUCAUACGGGUAUGAUGAGCGAUUUUGCUCACUGUUAGUGUGAAUACUGUUUGUUUUUUUCUUUUAAUUGUCUUUUCUUUCAGUUUUUCAGAUGUAUAAGUUGACCCAUGCCACCUACAAAGAGACUUUCUGUGGUUUGCUUAAGAACUUAGAGAAGUUUGAUUAUUAAUGGAUAUUAUUUUGUUUGCCAAUAUGUGGUUGAAUAGUUUUUUUUAUCUUAAAUUUUUAUUUUUCAUUUAAGUCAACCCAUGUUCUAUAACAUCACAGCAGUUUUUAAUUUUCAUUUGGACUCUGCUUUUAUGACGUUUCGUUGAGCCCAGCUCCCACGUCCAAAUCUAUAUCUUUGCAAUUUCACAUCACCAGCCAGAUCUUUAGUGAGGUUAUAAGAUUAUUCUCAGUCUCCAUAUUGGAGAAGAAAUAAAAGGACACCAGCUUUGUGUUGCUGAAAUCAAAGUGGGCAAUUUGUCGACAGCCAAUCAAACAACAAGAACCGCUCAGAUCAGCGAGCGGGUUGGAGAAGAGGUGGCCAAAAUGUGGAUGCUUACAUUCCACUGUCAUUUAUCGAGUCCUUGUAUCUGAAACCUACAGGUGCAGUUCGAAUAUAAAUGCCUCCAAAAUGCCAAAACGAGUCCUAGUCUGCACCCCAUGGCAGCAAUAACAGGUGUUCUGUCAUUGUUUCUCAGAUAAAGUGCAUUAGAAACUUAAGCGAUGAAUAAUUCCAGAAAAAAUGGCCUUUGUUGAAUAAUGUUCAGUGAGAUGUGUCGCUAUCCAGGGAUGUUACAGUGCCUGUUCAUAUGAAAAGCCCAGGCAUCAGGUGAUGGUUUGAGUCUUGCAGUACACUUUGCUUUUGACUUUAGAAAAGGUCUGUUUUGCAAAUGGAUCCAGUCCUCCUAUAUAUAUAUAAAUAUAUAUAUAUAGAGAGAGAUAUAUAUAUUAGCAUUCAUGUGCUCCCACAUGCCCUGUAAAUGAACACUUUGUUUUAUUACUUUCCAUCCCCUUAUCUUCCAGUCGCAACUAUGGAGAAGAAUAAUCGUUUUUGGUGCUGCUUUUUUGACAAUCUUGUACAGAAUAUACAGUGAUUUUACAGCCAUUUAUCGUUGCUUGACGCUUCCAAAAGUUGUCAGUCUUCUAAGUUAUUGUCUCUGGACAUUUGUUUGUUUUUUUUCCGGCCUCAUGUUUAUUUGGUCAUGCAGGUUCCUGAUUUUGCACUACAUUAUUUCCUCCCUCGAAAGCGUCCCGGAAUAUAGAGCUCUGUUUUCGGACGCGGAGACUGAGGACGUGGUAAGCGGCGUCUUUAAAUAGGACAGCUGAUGCGCUCUCAUGUCGGGCUCUUCGGCGCCUGCGAGGCCGAGCCUCAUCUGGGGUUUUGGUGAAGGGAGAGGGAUGAGAAAUGACAUUGGCUUUGGUGCAGUUGGCCGCACGGUUCACAUACGCUCAGUAGCACGGGAACCAGAAAUGGACACUUCUCAGGAUUAUUGUUGAUACACAGUACUGUAUUUAAAUGGUUUGUUGUAUGUGUAAUAUACUGUACCAUAUGUUUGCUGUACUUGCACAGUUUUUUUUUUAAAACAGGAUUUUUUUUGUCCUUUAUUUCUAACUUGAAAGGUAGAUUUUUUUUUUUGGUGUUUCUGUUUUUCCUCUUUUCUGAUGGGUGUGUUUUAAUUCUUUUUUUCUAAUUUAAUAUUUAGUCUUUUAGGUUUGUUAGUUUAUGAUUUUGCUCAGUUAAAUUGUGAAUCACAAAACACAGGACAUUUAGACAAGAAUUUUGUUUUUUCUUUGUGAUUGCACCAGUCUUAUAGAAAGCAAAGCAUUACAGAAAAUAAGUUAUGGCAGUGCUACUUUCCAAAACACCAGUCUGUCAGAUGUUAAAUAAAAGCUUUGAAAGAAUUAUAAUUUAUUAUUUUGUGUUGUUGGCUGCUGCAGGUGUCAAUGCUCUACAGCCACUUCUUUCAUUUUUCCCUCAGCUCGCGGUUAAUUUAUCCACAGAAGUUAAAACAGUGUUUUUUCGUUUUGCAUUUCUGCUUUGCAUUUUAUUUUUUAUGUCUUUGGUUUGCUUGUAUGUAUGGUGUGAGUUUAGUAAACAUUCAUUGAUCUCUACUGUGAAAUUCACCUUGCACAUGAUUUGAAAAAUAAAACAAUAAAAAGUAAA